CUUGGUCUUUUUUAUGGGCACGAUCGAGGUUGUCCAGGCCGGGUUAUCGCAGGGUACGCAGUGCUGCACUGUUACGCACACGAGCUGCUUGCGCUAGGUGGAGGGGAUGGCAUGAUGAUGAUGACGAUAUUUUUUGCCUUUGAAGGGAGCAGUGGGAGCUCCCGUGUUACACACCGGACGGACAAUGGUCAGGCGCUCGACGAUAUCGUUGGAUCAUUCGAAGCAAAUGAGCCCAUUAUCGUCAGAGUUGCGCAGUCCCCUCAUUUACUUUCAUCUGUCUCUUCUUUGUUUAUACCUCCAACUUUGGCCACCCAACCCUUCGCUAUUUGUUGUAGUAGCACAAGCAAGCACUGGCAGAACACUUUCACGACGGGAUCCUCCACUCUGCAUCCACAGAACUCAAAGCACCUCGUUUUCACUUGUACUUGCAGAGCCGCUACAGUAAGGUCCCGCAAAGUGGAAGUGGUGCCCGUUAGUGUACCGGUAUCCACCUCCAUCGGCCCAUCCCGUCGGUUCGUCGUCGGAUCACUUUCAUCAUCGCUUUUUCCGUCGCUCUCGGCUCUUGGUACCUUUUUCCCAAGUUACAAAUCCUGCCUGCCCCACGUCAACCUAUCUUCCGUCCUUCUUCCCCAACUUUCUUACCUCUACCUACCACUGCCUACUUCGCUUUACUCUUCCAUUUGUACACAAAAAUUUCCUAAACACCACGACAUCAUCGUCACCAUCGGGAAAAGAGGAUUUGACAGCUUCUUGUAGCCGCACCCCGUUCCAAUGUCACAUCUUCUUUACCAUCGAUCGUGAGCUGCGCUUCUCACAGAUAACAUAUACACGAUACGUCCCGACAACGUCCACCACGAUCACAACAUCGCCACCUCCAGUGACUUCACUCCAGUCUCUCCACGUUUCGGCAAGCCAUUGCUAGCUACUUUCUGGAACCAACCCAUCUGCCCGAGCCUAGCUUCGAACCGUGCUCCCUAUAUACCUUCAGCCCUAGGAACCGGUUA